UUUUUUGUGUCGUUUUUUAGCGAUGUGUAUUUCUGCAGUUUGUGUGUUUUUUGGAUUACUUUUUUGCGUCCGAUCUCUCUGCUUGGAUUGUCCCGGUGGCUGUGAGUGCUUUGCUGUCACACAUGCGGUGAAAUGUAUCUCUAAGGAUCUUCUGACGGUACCACAAAUGAUUCCAGGAUAUGCAAAGACUGUCGUCAUCACGGGGAAUAAUAUUCACAAGAUUGGACCUGAUUCCUUUACGGAGCUGGAGAAUAUUUCCAAAGUCAUUUUAAGCAAUAAUAGGAUGACAGAGAUGGGAUCGCACAGUUUCUCCACCCUGAUCAAUCUGCGCUUCCUGGACCUCAGUGACAACCAGCUGUCAAUCAUCCAUCCAGAAGCUCUGAGCAUCCCCGGAAGUCCUCUGCAGGAGCUCAACCUGAGCCGCGCUCUCUACAACUUCACCGCCCUGACUGACCUCACCACGGCUCUACGUUGGGGAGACCUCCGAGGGCUCCUCCGUCUUGACCUUUCGGGUAAUCAACUCGCUCUUCUUCCCCUGGGGAUGUUCUCCCACCUGCAAAGUCUACAGCAGCUCUUCUUAAGCAACAACUCACUGAUGGCAGUUUACAGCGGAACCUUCUCCGGCGUGAACAACCUGGAGGUGCUUGAUUUCACCCGCAACGCCUUCAGGACAUUCGGGACUGAUGAUCUCAAAGAACUGGAGAAGCUCGGGAACAUCCGCAUCCUUCUGGGUAAAAAUCCGUACUCCUGCUCUUGUGAGAUCCAAAGUUUUGUGGCUUGGCUAAAUGAUUCACACGCUCGGGUAGAUGCGGAUUCUGUGAGGUGCGCCUCGCCAAAGGCGUUAGCCAACAGCCGACUCCGAGGGCUGGGGUCGAAGGUCAUCGGAUGCAUUGUCCCGAACCAAACGGAGAUGACUGACCUCAGCCUGCCGACGUCCUAUGUCUUCCUCGGGCUCGUGCUCGGCUUUGUGGGCAUGGUUUUUCUCUUUGUGCUCUACCUGAAUCGCAAAGGCAUGAAGAGGUGGAUCGUGGAAAUGAGAGAUGCGUGUCAUGACGUGAUGGAGGGAUAUCACUACCGAUACGAGAUUGACUCAGACCCACGCUUGGGGCACAUCUCGUCUCAAAACGGUGUCAGCAGGGCACGGCAGCAUGUUGGAGUUUCUCUUUCACAACUGCCACCCAAUGACACUUGUAUUAUUACUGAAGACGCACAUGUCAAACCUUUAAAAUCUCCUUCUGAAGCUAGAAACGUCUUGUAGAUUUAUUGCCAGUUGGUUUACAAUAUAUUUGUUUGUCUCUGGGCUCCAGCAUGUACUGCAGCUAAUGGUAAUAAACUUGAAAGUGCCUUCGUGCUACUGGAUGGCACUGAUUGGAUUUUUUUUUUUUUAGAUGCAGUAACCUGAUAUUUUGAUAGGAUAGCAUAGGAUUGUCAAACAUGCAAAAGUUUGUUUACAUGUGGUUUUUUUUUUGCUGUGUUUUUCUUCUUAUUAUCCAAUAAAAAUUAGGUGCACUUCCCAAUCUAAUAGGACCCAAUACAGAAGCAAUAUUAACAUUCUUGCCUUUACAAAAAUAUAUCUUUGCAUAUCAUAGUCCACUUUUUAUUGACAGGCAAGCUAUUAAUUUGACAAUACAUUUACUAUUGUGGCAGUAUUUUGUGUUAUGGCCCAGCAAUAGCUAACCACUAUUGUCAUGAGUAACUAACUAUAUAAUAAUGAUCUUUGUAAAGGCCCAAUUUAUGUAUUUCUUGUAUAGUAGAACAUUAUAUCGUGCAGUGUCAGUGACUAUAUUUGUAUACUGUCCAAAACUGAAUGGAAUUUGCUCAGUGGAAUGAGAAGUACCUUAUAGAAUACUGUAGCUAUUUAUAGAACAUUCUACCGUAUUGUCAUUGUACCUACAGCAUACAAGUUUGAAUGAAUUUGUAAUUAAUAUUACAUGGCUGUUUCUGAGCUACUGGCAUUAAAUGUGAAUUACACAUGAAA